AUGGACAGCAUAUUCAGUUCCCUUCCCUUUUCUGCAUCUGCAGAUCCCACAUUUGACAAUUUCUCCAAUUGCCUGACAAAAAAUGGAGUCCAAAGUAACGAGAUUCCCAAAAUUCUCUACAAUCCAACAAACCCUUCAUUUACUUCUGUUCUAAAUGCAUAUGUUAGGAACCUACGAUUCAACACAUCAACUACCAAGAAGCCAUCCAUAAUUGUCACACCGUUUCAAGUUCAACAAGUCCAGGCCACCGUUAUUUGCACUAAAUCGUCAGGGCUGCAGCUGAAAACCCGAAGCGGCGGCCACGAUUACGAAGGCAUUUCAUAUGUUUCCGCCAACCCUUUUGUAAUCCUUGACAUGUUUAAUCUCAGGAGCGUCGCCGUCGAUAUUCCGAGUAAAACUGCUGUGCCAAUUACUGAAAACAACAAGAAAAUGAUCCGAUUGACAUUCAUCGGAUUGUAUCUGGAAAAUUCAAACAGUCUUCAGGCUCUGAUGAAAUCCCAAUUUCCCGAAUUGGGAUUGCUGCCUAGUGAUUGUAAGCAAAUGAGUUGGAUCCAAGCGAUGCUGUUCUGGGCAAAUUUCAAAAAGAGUUCACCGAAACCAGAAGCUCUGUUGAGCAGAACUCCUGAUUCUGUCAGUUUCUUGAAGAGGAAAUCGGAUUAUGUGCUGAAGCCAAUCCCAAGUGCUGGAUUAACUGCAAUCUUCAACAAAAUGGUUCAGCUUGGAGAUGUAGGACUGGUCUUCAAUCCUUACGGCGGAAAAAUGAGCCAAAUCCCGGAGAGCGAGACGCCGUUCCCUCAUCGGGCAGGGGUUCUUUACAAGAUUCAGUACUCUUCGAAUUGGGGAACUCCUGAUCCCAAAUUGGCAGCUCAAAAUCUUCAGGAAGCAAGAGAUCUGUAUACCUUCAUGACUCCAUAUGUAUCAAGCAAUCCCAGACAGGCUUUUCUGAAUUACAGGGAUCUUGAUAUUGGCACCACUGAUAAUGGACCCAACAGUUACAAUGAAGGCAAAGUUUAUGGGAUGAAGUACUUCAAGGGAAACUUUGAUAGGUUGGUGAAAGUGAAAACUGCUGUUGAUCCUCAAAAUUUCUUCAGGAAUGAACAGAGUAUCCCAAAACUUCCUUCUAAAUAA